AGAGUGCUGAAGAGAAUUCUAGAAGGCUUACUAAUAAAUCUACAUUGGUGUUACCGGUACUUUCUUCGUUAAAUUCCGAGUUUUCAAAACGUACAUUAGCUGUUGCUACUUGUCCAGAAUGUGGAUUGAUAUUUUGUUCUCCCGAGUGCUUAUCUCUGGCAAUGCGACUUUAUCAUUCAAUUAUGUGCAUGAAGAGUAAUUUAAAUAGUGAUCUUGAACCUCUUAACAAGCUGGAACUCGUUUGGAGGCAGACUCAUUUCCCUCCAGAAACGAAUACAGUUAUGCUACUUUUGCGGAUCGUUGCGAUGAAUUUGAUUUCGUACUUUAAAAAGGACACACUUGCGGCAGAAAGAGUCUCUGCUUUAUCUAAUUUUGUUUGCGGAUGCGUUUCCGAAAUUCACUCCGAUGUUUUACCGACACCUGCUUUAGUCCAUAAAAUGUUAGGAGAAAAGUUCUACAAUCAAUUAGAAAUGAUUCAUCAGGCCUUUAUUGAGGCUAUUAGUUUUCUCCUCUCUCAAGUUGUGUCAGAUAUGCAAAUAGAUUCUGCAAUGUGCGAAAUUGGUCUAGGUUCUAUCCUUACUCGUGAUGGUUUCUGCACUGCCUUGAGCCUGCUUGGAAGAAAUGGGCAAGGAGUAGCCACUAGUCCACUCAGCCAGUGGGUGAAAAUGGUCGAAGAACAAUCUAAACUGCAUAUUGAGGCAAAUGUUUCCUGUGCGACCAAUGCUUCCCAUAUUCAUUCAUUUAUUGAUAAGCUCUACAGUGACAUCGACGACCACGUUGGUCCUUUUUUGGACAGCGAGGGUGUGGCACUUUAUCAAUACCAAAGUAGGAUGCUUUUUAUUGUCAUA